UGUAGAAGACUGAAGAAAGAGAAAAGACUAGGGAGAGAAAACAUAAAGCAGAGAGUGAGGCAGAGGGGGGGUGCUGCUGGGAAUCCAUCCAGCACACUGCAGAGAGAAACCAGUGAGACUGGGAGAGGACGGAGAGGACGGAGAGGACUGAGAGGACUGGGAGAGGACGGAGAGGACUGGGAGGACAGACUGGUUUUACGAGCAGACUGCAAAGCACCAUGGCCGACAACGUGAGCGAGGAGUCGGAUUAUACCCCGGGGAAAGAUGAGCUGGACUGGGGCUACGAGGAAGGUGUAGAAUGGGGACUCCAUUUCCCAGCAGCCAACGGCGAGUACCAGUCUCCCAUCAACCUGAACUCCAGGGAGGCUCAGUACGACCCAUCCCUCCUGGAUGUCGGCUUAUCACCAAACUAUGUGGUUUGUCGAGACUGUGAGGUAAUCAACGAUGGACACUCAGUCCGCAUCAUUCUCAAGUCCAAGUCAGUGGUUACCGGCGGUCCGUUGCCUAGUGAUCAUGAGUACGAGCUUCAUGAGGUUCGAUUCCACUGGGGCAAAGAGAACCAGAGAGGAUCCGAACACACUGUCAACUUCAAGGCUUUCCCUAUGGAGCUCCAUCUGAUUCACUGGAACAGCACUCUGUUCAACUCUCUGGAGGAUGCUCUUGGGAAGAAGAAUGGAGUCGUCAUCAUAGCUCUGUUUGUGCAGAUCGGUAAGGAGCACCUGGGUCUGAAGGCCAUCACCGAGGUUCUGCAGGACCUGCAGUACAAGGGGAAGAGCAAGAUCAUCCCCUGCUUCAACCCCAACACUCUGUUACCUGACCCUUUGCUGAGAGACUACUGGGUGUAUGAAGGAUCUCUGACCACUCCACCCUGUAGUGAAAAUGUGACCUGGAUCCUCUACCGCUACCCCCUCACCAUCUCCCAGCUACAGAUCGAGGAGUUUCGGAGGCUGCGAUCCCAUUUCAAAGGGGCGGAGCUGCAAGAAGGGAAUGAUGGGAUGUUGGGGGACAACUUCCGGCCCACGCAGCCGCUCAGUGACCGGACGGUUCGCGCUGCCUUCCAGUGACCCGCACCUUCAUCACCACUGAGAACACUCUGGGACUGACAGAGAGCAGAGCAGUGGUGAGCAGGAGCGUGAGCCCCCCCGGUCCUCCUGGUGAGAGAGGGAUGAAGAGGUGGAGAGAGGAACACACACAGGGAGAGAGAAAUUGGACCAGCUUCAGACUGAAGGAGGACAGAGAGACUGCUGACUCACAUCUUCACUGAGUGCUUGUGUUCGUGUGUGUGGGUGUUUCCUUUCUGCAUAACUAUUGUGUGUAUGUGUGUGUAACAUCCGCCAUGCGGUUGUGUGUGUACUGUUUCAAUAUUACUGUACGUGUCUGUGUCCUGAUUACAAAGAUAGGAGACUUCACAACCAGCCCUGCUGUCUCUGCUGUCAAAACAAGAGGCACACACACACACACACACACACACACACACACACGCACACACGCACACGCACACGCACGCACACACAGACACACACAUUUACACACACAUUUACACACUCAACACACACACGUCUGUACUCUGCUGCGUACAUCAUGUGUUACAGACAUGUCACAUUUUACAAACUGUAUUUAGAACAUUCUAAUAUGUUGUUAUGAAUCUUUAAAUCUAAAACAAAUGCAGUCAACAUGAAGCGAAAUGUGUCUUUAACAGAAUAAACUCAACCAACUUUUGAA